CGAAAUUUGAGAAAGGAUGGCUUCGACCAGCGAGCGUCAAUGGAAGUGUUUCUUCUUACUUUCUUUCUUUCUCUAGUCGGCCAACGUCACCGUGCAUUAAUCGUUUUUAGUUUUGGUUUGUUUGUUUUUAGUUUUGUUUUAGUUUGUUUCCUGACUCGUGCAAGCCGAUUGAACGCUCCCAAGCAGCACAAUGUACUGAAAGUCGAGUGCAAUGGGGGUGGACGGUAUGUGUCUUAUCGAUGUUCCUUAGUUUCACGGUUCUGUUCAAGGGCUUCCACCUAUCCAUCCACCCCAUCGCACUCGACUUUCAGUACUGUUACGUUUCUACACGGUAGCAGAAAAGUGUACAUGUAGCACGAUCUGCGCAAGUUUUCGUGGAAGACGUUUCGGCGCCGGGACGGGCUGCAGAUGGCCCUCAGUUCCACGAAUGUGUCGCCUUUCCUUGUUUUGAGGGACCCAUCCGAGAGACAUUGUUCACUCCAAGACACUGCCACAGUUUCUUGCACCCAACAAUGGAUUCUGGGAAUGUUUUCUGAUGCCGACCAAAGAGAUAUAAGCGGAGACCAGAGUGGCCCAGGCGUCUUUCUCUCAACCGACGAUGAGCAGGCUGGACGGAUCGCCGACAGUUUGUGUAUCAUCCGACUCUUGUACUGUAAAUAGUUAACUUCAUUUGCUUUUACCCUGAAUUGGCUCAGUGUUCCUUUCAUUGUUGUGUUGCCACGCUACCAGAGACGACGCACGCAACAGUACAUUGUGCUGCUUGGGCUGUUUCUUCCCAUCAGUGUCUAAGUGUUCUGAUCCUUGAUUUUCGUAGAUUGUGUUGUUUCGGGAAUGUAACACAGCGACUGUGACCGGCGUGGUAUACUACUUGUCCGCUCCAUGCAGAGUGACGUCAACGCGGUGGCCUUGGGAGGGAGCACUUUCCUGUUCCGGUUUGAUUCAUUUCUAAUUUGAGGCAUAAUUCGUCACAUGAGGAAGAAACAUUGAUGGCAGGCAGUGGAUGUUAUGCACCGAGUACGAUGUGCAGCAAUUGUUUCUCCGAUCUUUUCUCUCCCUUUAAGAGAAAAACAAUUUUGACAAAAAAUCAUCAUCUUCCGAAUUAUUCUCACAACAGUUGUCAGGGUAUUACCCAUCUUUUCAAUGAGUCGAAAUCUAUUAUUGCCUGCAAAGACGACACCUCGCGAAUCCUACUCGAAACUGCCAUUAUCAAUCACCGCAGCGGAUGCAUCAGCAAACCUUCCUAGCUAUCGCCCCUUCUUUCUAUGACCUUAUUAAUCCCUCGGAGAUAACUUAGCUCUCUUCCUUUCCCCCCUUCCUUCCUUUUUCCCUCCGUUCCGUGACUCAGCGUUUCUAGUCUCUCACCAACCCAAGCAGCAAAAUGUACUGAAAGUCGAGUGCAAGAGGGGUGGACGGGAAUGCCUUGAACAGACUCGUGAAACUAAAGAACAUUGAUAAGACACAUACCGUCCACCCCUACUGCACUCGACUUUCAGUACAUUGUGCUGCUUGGGAACGGUCUCAGAAGCGCACUGAUAGCCGAUUUUUAUUAUAAAUUACACUCCUUCGUUUAACACAACAAAAAAAGAAAAAGAAACAAAAAGAAAAAAAGGUCUGCGUGUUUUUGUUUUUGCUGUGGUGUGCCCUUUGCGCUUCUUGCGUAUGCUUCCUAACGUAACUCAGUGUCAAGUUACACUGCGAAGGCGAUCCUGGAGGUCGAGGGGAUUUAUGACACUUCUUCACUCGCUAUGCAUUCUCCUCGAACCAGUGGAAGCCUUCGUCCUCGAAUCCCUCAACAACCACAUAUUCUCAAAUUGACGGUCUUGCCGGGACGGGUGCUGCCUGUACCCCUUUCCUCUUUGUCCUUCCUACAUGUACAUUCUAUAAUGAAGCUUCACUCCUGGUUUGAGUCUUGUCCUGUAUUAUUGUACGUUUGUUUGUUCGUCCCCACGUCUUCACCCCAAGCUCAGGGAUAUGUUGCCCACGUCAAGUUUACACCAGCUGGCUUGCAUAGUCCUUUUAUGCCCAACAAGAUCUGUGUUGCCUCUCGGUAAAUAAUAAAUACAUUUUGAGGGCAUUGGUCUUGCACGACAGCUUUUCGAAUCUCACGUUGAACGGAUGUAGCGCGCCAUUAGUUUUUCUUAUUCGUAUCUCUGAGAGUGUUGCCGAAAUACAGGAAAACACACACACACACACUUUUACGCCCCCAAUGCACGAAGAAGUGAGAGCAAUAGCUAUAUCAUCGCUCUACAGGUCGCAAUGUUUUUACGCUUGUGUUCACAACACACACAUAGACAACUGUUUUUCACAAUUGCUUUAUCCAAAGAGCGACAACGAACUUUCAUUAUCAGUAAAGUAUGACGGGAAAGCGAGUCACGCAACUCCGUGGAAAUGUUCUUGCUGCGGACUAGAUCAAUACACGCCAAUGUUGCGAAUGAUGGGUGCGUUCACGCCCGACAAUACACAUGGCCUAAUUGAGAAGAGAAAGUUGCGAAAGAAAGAAGCUACGUUCUCACGACUCACUGCAUGAAAUGGCCGUAGCAUAAUCUUUGUGACGCUCACUUAAGAGGUUCCGGGCGAUAUGUAGACGGCAGUUGUAGAUCACACAGUUCUUUCUCGGUACCAGCUCCUGUGGCAUAGUGGUUAGGAUGAUCGCUUUCCACGCCGAGACUGGGAGGUGGCACGGGUUCGAAUCCUGUCACUAGCUGUGCUGUCUGAGGUUUUUCCUGGGUUUUCCGAAGACUUUCCAGACGAAUGUCGGCACAGUUCCCCAUCAAGUCGGCCCAGGACUCCUGUCCUCACUCCCCUGUCCCCCACUCCUUCCUGCUGUCCUCACUACAUCUGUCUACGUCUGUACACCGCUCAUAGCCGCAGUUGCUUCGCGGUGUUAACACGGAAUUUAAAAAAAAAUCUUUCUCGGUCACGACGUCACGCCAGUGCGACGAUAACACCGUUCGCACAGCUACAUUUAUUUCCUUCUCCCUGCGCUGCGAUUGACUACCGCGCCGGCCAAUGAGGCUGCAGGUGUGUGAUGCCGUGUGCGUGUGAUGUCAUUGACGGUAUCCACUGUAACACGUGAUGUUGCUUUUACAUUUGCAUACGUUUUGCAUUUACUUUUACAUGCUUAUAAAACUCUUUAUUUCAUUACUGCCGCCAUAUCAACGCAGGAAGGGGGAGAUCAGCCAUGGCUGGAGAAAGAAGGCAUAGGGGGUGGUACAUCCGAGGAUGGAACCAUGAGUGCCACGGUCCCGGAGCUCAUUGGCCCAUGGGAAUGUUGUCUGAUGUGUCUGUGCUGCUUCGUCAGUUUCCUUGCACUUCCAUAUGCCGCCUAUUACCUAUUUCCCGCAAAAGAACAUACUGCAUGCAGAACACCUGGCUGCAUUGAGUUCGGGAAGCUGUUGUUCGAAACGGUGAACUCCUCCCUAAAUCCCUGCGACAAUUUCUACAAAUACGUCUGCAACGGCUGGGACUCUAAGCACGAGGACUCUGUGAAAACACUUCACCGCGCAGAGUUCAUCUCUUCGCUGCUGAAAUAUCCCAUGACAACCGCGGUUCCACCACAGCAUCAAGAUGCUCAUGAAAGGGCUUCCCAAUUCUACAAGUCUUGCAUAGAAGUGGCCCUAAAAAACAGGAGUGAAGUGAGCGACUUGAAGACUCUCUUCAGAGAAAGCAAUAUAACCUGGCCGGUGCUAUUAUCUGGAGUCGAUCUCCUCCAAGUUAUGGGACACAUAUCGAGACUCUGGGACGUCUCGCCCCUUUUAGACGUGUCAACUGUGCCGCUGCCUCGCGCCGUGACGGGUGUCAGGAUUAAACCCGGAAAGUUCAUCACCGUAUGGGAAAACACCAGGCAACGAUUGAUACAGCAACAUCGAUAUUACGAUUACUUCGCCAAGAUUUACGAGUUCUCGACGGGGUUCUUACCGUCUCAAAAAGACUUCGAACUGCAUGUGGAGACAGAAGAUGCGAUAAUGCAGAAAGUGGUUCCCGCUCUGGAGAACCUCGGCUCAGUCGUGUUGUCCGAAGAAGAGUUCCUGAACCGCAGCAAAGCGUUCCAGUAUGCACGAUGGAAGGCUUUCCUGGAAAAAAUGGGGAUUUCCAUGGAAACACAGGUUAUGUAUUCCGUUACUAAUCUGUGUUUCUUUGAGGCGUUCAACGAAGCCACACUAGAUGUCAAAGAGCCCGUAAUGGUGUUGUUCCUAGGUUGGGGUGUUUUUUUCGAGCUUGAACAUAUUUUUGUUUCCGACGUGGCAGCACUUCUGUACAACACAAAAUCGGAAUUAGUCUACAAUCUUCACUACGAAUGCUUCGUUCAUGUGGAAAGGUACAUGAGCAUGGCGUUGUCAUUACCUGCGGUGAAAAUAAUGAUUCCAUCCGAAGCUUUCUCAAGCGCCCGUAACAUCAGCAACCAGAUUCUGGAACGUUUAACGUACCACCUGAGCAGGAAGCGUUUCAUCGGUUAUAACUACACAGCGUUCUAUCAGGAUAAACUUUGGAAAGAGGCCCAGAGAAGGUUCGACCGUAUUAUAGACCCGGAGCAGCUGAAUCGCGUUUACGAAGGAUAUCCCGACAUGGGCAAGCUUUUCUGGGAGAACCAUCUGUCCGUGGUCGCUGCCUGGAGGAAGAGACCGUUCUAUGAGAGAAUAUACGAGAGUUCCUUGCUGGAAGUGGAAGACCAUUAUAGCUUGCGCACGCCGGAGAACGACGUCAUCGUGUGGCCAUACCUUCUUACCGCCCCCUUCUUUGCGGUAGAGAUCACGAAGGCUUUACAGUUCGGCUCACUGGGUUCCCUCCUGGUGGCAGCUAUGGGCGGAGAUCUCUUCGAGGAGGUAUACUCCGAGUUAAGCCUCCCAGACAAAGCAUUCUUUAAGAGGUUGCUGGAUUGCUUCAAUGGCAGUCGAGAGCACGUUCCCGACGACGCCUUCUACAAGAUGGUGACAGGAAAUGUUCUCUGGGAGGCGUUCCACAGUGCUACUGGGGGAGACAGGGAGCUGAAAAAUGUGGCAGUUGAUCCGGUGUUCGACCCUCAAUCAUACAUUCCGACGCAAGAUACUCCAGUGGAAGGAUUGCCGAUGUUUUCCGCUGAUCAAGUUUUCUUCAUAACAUUAUGUUACUUACAAUGCAGUGGUUCUGAAGAUAAAUACGAGGAUGUUUGUAAUGCAGUGGCAAGGAAUACGGUGUAUUUUGCGAUGGCGUUUAAUUGUACUGUGGGUUCCCGGAUGAAUCCAAAAGAGAAGUGUAAACAAUUUUGAACGGUAUGAGCUUUUUUAGCUCGUUGAAACACAA